AUGCCUGUGACUCUCAAGGGAGUCGACGGAAUCUCAGGGGCUUUCGACACUAGAGCUUAUAUGCCCACUAACGCUAAACAGUUGACAAUAAUAAACCAACCAGAAAGUCCUUCCAGUGUAAAAUUUGACAGUCACACUUCGCCCGACGCUGCGGACAGCUCCUUUGUGCAACCUCGGACUCGGGCAGCUCAUGGAAUUGUCCCUGGUCGGAGUGCCGCAGUAAGCCCGGUCAGUUUCACAUAUGACAAUGGGUACGGCAGGGUCGAGUCACAACUUUUGCAAGAACAUCACUUGCCAUCCAACAUCAAAACCACAGACCAACUGGUAGAGUUUAUCAGAUCCCGGGAUCGGGAUAACAACCACACAUCUUCUUCCUCGCGUUGCUCUUCUGAAUCGACUUUUGUUUCCAACAUUGCGCCCAGCGAUGCCUGGACAUACAAUGCCCCAGGGAAUUCGGAUGAUGUUUUGCGACCUGCUUCACAAGAUUCCAGAAUUCCUCCAAGCCCGUUCAUUUCCCCUAGACCUGGACGCUUGACGUCCAGGGUCGUAUCGAACCUACUCACCACGGGGUUUAGUAGAAGAUAUGUUUCGGCGCCAGACCUUCGUGUGCUUCCGGGCGCUACUCGCAAGCACAACUAUCAAGGAUAUUGGCUUAAGAAAGGAACUAUGCGGACGCUGGAAUCACCCAAGACAAAGGCAGGUAAGCUCAAGGAAAGCAAGACAAAGAGCGUCGGGAGGGAGCGUUACGUAGAAACCAGCGGCUGGUACGACGCUGCUUGA